AUGAAUAUUGAAGAACCUGCAGAAGAUGAUAGAAACAUUGAGGAACCUGCUCAACUUAGGAUUGAGAGUGUCAAUGAAAACAUGAAUGUUGACAAUCCAGCAAACUGGGGCAAUAUUGAUAAAAAAUUGAGAGAUCUUUUAGUAGAAAGAGGACCCAAAAGAGUUGUUAUUAAUUUUCCUAGAGAUAUUGAAGGCAGACAUUUCUCUUCCGCUCAUUACACUCGACAAUGGUUAAAUGGAGAGAAACAUGAUAGGAGAUGGCUAAUAUAUUCAACUUCUUUGAAUGCGGUAUUUUGCUUUUGUUGCAAAUUAUUUAGAAAAGAUGGAAACAAGAAUCAAAUGGGUUCUUUGGUUAAUGAAGGAUUUAAAAAUUGGAAGAAUCUUAGUCAUAGACUUCAAAGUCAUGAAGGGAGUAGUGAUCACAUAAGUUGCAUGAGAAGUUGGAUUGAAUUGGAAAUGAGAUUGCGUAAUAUUAAAAUAAUUGAUAAAAGUGUGCAAGAAAUAUUAAACAAAGAGAGAGAAUAUUGGAGACAAGUAUUAUUAAGAAUAGUUGUUAUUGUAAAAACACUUGCUAAAAACGGUUUAGCAUUUCGCGGGGAUAAUGAGAAGAUUUAUCAAGAGAACAAUGGAAACUUUUUAAGUUUAAUUGAAAUGAUUGCCGAAUUUGAUCCGGUAAUGAAAGUGCAUAUUCGACGUUAUCAAAGUGGUGAAUCUCAUAAGUAUUAUCUCAGUCAUAAAAUUCAAAAUAAACUGAUAGGAAUGUUAGCGGGAGAGAUCAAACAUACAAUGAUCAAAAUAAUCAAAGAAGCGAAAUAUUUUGCUGUUAUACUAGAUUUUACUCCAGAUAUAAGCCAUGAAGAACAAAUGACUCUUAUAAUAAGAUGUGUGGAUGUUUCAGAAAGUCCAGUAAAGGUAGAAGAGUUCUUUCUAGAAUUUCUUAAGGCCGACGACACGUCAGGACUGGGACUUUUUAGUGAACUUGAAGAUGUAUUGAAGAUUCUGGAACUUGACAUUUCUAAUGUAAGAGGACAAGGGUAUGACAAUGGAUCUAAUAUGAAAGGAAAAAAUAAAGGUGUGCAGAAAAGACACCUCGAAGUAAAUCCUAGAGCAUUCUACACUCCAUAUGGUUGCCAUAGUCUUAACCUCGUACUUUGCGAUAUGGCAAACUCUUGUCCGAAAGCUAUAUCUUUUUUUGGAGUGAUACAACGUUUAUAUACUUUGUUUUCAUCUUCUACUAAGCGGUGGGAUAUUUUCAAAGAACAUGUUUCUGGUCUCACACUUAAGCCAUUGUCACAAACACGGUGGGAAAGUUAUGUUGAAAGUGUAAGAGCAGUAAGAUUUCAAGCUAUAGAAAUAAGAAAUGCUUUAAUUCACUUGGCAAGUAUCGAUGGAGAUCCAAAAAUAAAGAGUGAAGCUGAGUCCUUAGCAACAAAUGAAAUUGAGAAUUUUGAGUUCUUAUUGGGUAUGAUUUACAGAGAAAAUGGAUUUAAGGAGGCCAUUACUGAAGCUAAAAAGGUUGCAUCUGAAAUAGAAAUUGAAGCUGUAUUUCGUGAAAAGCGUAUCAUUCGCAGGAAGAGGCAAUUUGAUGAAAGUGCUACUGAAGAGACAAUAUUAUCUCCUGAAGAAUCAUUUAGAGUUAAAUACUUUCUAUAUAUAGUGGAUCAAGCUAUUUCUUCUUUUAAGAGUAGGUUUGAACAAUUUUGGUAUUAUGGUUGCCUCUGCAGAAAGAAGCUUUUCAAAGUUAAAAUUGAUCAAAUCUUAUCUUCGAUCAACUAUGUCACAAGAAAGAUUGAAUGGCUUAGCUAUAUUGUCAAUUGA